CAGCACUAUAUCCCAAUACCCAUGCUAUACGGAGUUUUACUGGUAGGCUCUACUAUCCAUGGCUUACAGGCUAAACAUCCAUGGAUCAAGAGGACACGGAUCAAUCCCGACAAGCGAGCGGAAAUCCCCAAGCUCCAAGCUCACCCACCCACCAGUCCACCAGCCCCAUACGUGGAUCCGGACCGAGAGACAAGCUCUCCAUCCAUUCAAUCUAUCUCAGUGGCCAAAGGCCUUGUUCGGGAGAUCUCUCUGGAUCUUCGUUGGCUUAUUCCCCCCAGUGAAAUUCAGCCGUUCCAGCCCUCGCCACAGACAUCAGACCAGGACUUGGACAUGACUCGCGCAAUCUCUUGA